AUGGCGACAGAAGAUGCGCGCUACCGGCUCUCCAGCCAGUUUCGCCUCUGGUCUUAUCCAUCACCCAAACUGGCCGACCUUCGCGAGAAGACAAACGCGCUCGCCGCGCAGCAGAUCAGCACACGCCUGCGCGAAACGAAGCCCGAAGACCCGCUGCCCGAAUUCCUGACUGCCGCCGAAGAAACUGUACUGCUCAAGUUCUUUACGGUCGAAUUGAUCCGCGCGGCCAUCUUUUGCGACCUGCCGACCGAGAUACGCGCCACCGCUGCCGUGUUCCUGAGGAGGUUCUACAUAACGAAUUCCGUCAUGACGUAUCCGCCGACGGAUUUGUUGAAGACGUGUUUGUUCUUUGGGGGCAAGGCUGAGGGGUACUUUGCAAAGCUGUCAAAGCUGGCAGACAAGUUCCCCAACACGACCGAGGAGGAGAUUCUCGCCGGCGAGUUCCUCCUGUGUCAGGGCAUUCGGUUCGCCUUUGACGUGCGACACCCUUUCCGCGGGCUCGAGGGCACGAUUCUUGAAUUGAGGCGGCACAGCGACAUCAAGACCUCUCGAAUCGAUGCUGCCCAUCAGAGAGCACGCGAGAUCCUCAAGUUUAGUUCUCUUGUCACCGACGCCUACUUCCACUACACACCCAGUCAAAUCAUGCUGGCAGCUCUCUCUCUCGCCGACGAAGGGCUGUGCGAUACGAUUCUCGAUGACACAUUUGCAAAAGCGUCUGGCGAUGCCUUGGAAGUUAAGGCCAAGCUCACGGCAGCGGUCCGUGCCUGCAAGGAACUGCUGUCCACAGAGCUGCCCGAAAGAAUGCAGGACUACUGGGGAACGCCCGAGAGCAUGAAAUUGAUACGACCGCUGGUUAAGAAACUCAAGAAGUGCAGGGACCCCGAUCGCGCGGAUCUCGUCGCCCUGCAGAAGGCGAGGCGGGAGGCAGCCGCCUCGGCGACGGCAAAGGAGAAGGAGGUGCGCAAGGGAAGCAAGCCUGGGCUGGAUGGGGGCGCACUUGGCAUGCCCCUUGGAGGACUUGACAGGGACACGAAACGGAGGAAAGUGACCGGGGACGAUGUCUUCGGGGGCGCUCUGUGA